AUGUCAAUAAUGAAAGAUUUUGAAUUAGAUAAAUAUUCAAAUGCAUUAGUAUCUCAUCGUAAAUCAUUAAUCAAAUCAGAUUAUAAAACAACUACACAUUGUAAUAAUGAAAAACGUUUAAAUUAUCCAUUUACAGAUUUUGAACAUUGGGAUAAAUUCUUGAAAACAGGUAAUAGUAGUAAUAGUAAUAAUAAUAAGAAGAAUAAUGAGGAUUUUAAUUCAUUAUCUCAUAUUAAAUUACCAGAACGACAUGUAUUCACUGCAUCCACAGCAUCAUUAAUUGUACAUGUACCUAGUCUAUCUUAUGUAAGUGAAGAUAUAGAUGAUGAUUUAUCAGAUCAUGAAAUUUCUAAAUUAAAUCUAAAUAAUAAUAAUAAUGAUAGUAAUAAUAAUAAUAAUAAGCAUAAUCGAAUUUGUCCAAUAUGUAAUACCAUUUAUGUGGAUUUACAACAACAAUUUGACGAUUUUCAUUUAAAACGAUUCUUUAGUUUAUCUACUAUCAAUGUAAAUAUGAACGAUACUACUAUUAAUAAUAAUAAUAAUUAUGAUAAUAGUAGUAUAAUUAUACCAAGAUUAUGGGAUAUACUUGAUAUAUUUUCAACGAAUUCAUCUAAACAUUUUUGUCCAUUUCAUAAAAGUUUAAGUUUACACUACAAUACAUUUUCAUCUAUUACUCAUAAUAAUAAUAAUAAUAAUAUCAGUUCACCUUUGACCAACUCACUUAGUCUACCAUGUUUAUCUAAUUUUGAUGAACAAUUAACAAUGAUAUCAACAAGAUCUAAUGAAAAUACCAUUUUGCAUAGUAACAAUAAUAAUCAUGUAAUAUACAAUAAAAAUAUUAAUAAUACACCAACAAUUUCAAUAGAAUAUGCUGAUAAUAUCUCAAUUACAACAAGUAAUUCACAAGAACAAAUAAUCAAUAAUAAAUUAUCUGGUGAAACUAAAAGUAAGUGUGAAUUAUGGUUGAAAACAUGUUAA